AUGUUCCAACAAAUCAAAGAGAAUGUUUCAAAUUUCUUCGACAUCUUAUCUUAUGUGUACUCCUUCAUGACGGAAGGCUAUGAUAUGAAUCGGAUUUAUAAAAUUAUGGGAGCUACUGCUGCAGGAGCUCUUGGCUUGUACAUGGGAAAAGUCUAUUUUAAUGGAGGAGUGGUUGAUGAGAAGUUAUUGCACGAAUCGGAUUUAUCAUCCCGAGUAACGAUUGUAACAGGUGCUUCCUAUGGAGGCAUUGGAUAUGAAACCGCAAAGGUCAUGUAUGAAUUGGGAUCUGAUGUUAUUUUAGCGGUUCGGGAUCAAAAAGCUGGAGAGUUUGCCAAGAAGCUCAUGAUGGAUGAGCCUCCAAGGGUGAAUAUAGCCAAUAAGAAGAAGAAGGGACAAAUUGUGGUCAUGUCUAUUGAUUUGACUGAUUUGGAGAGUGUUAAGAAAUUUUCUGAAGAAUUUAAAAAGAAUUAUCAGCGAUGUGACUACUUGAUUAAUAAUGCUGGAAUCAUGAUGUGUCCACAUUCAGUCACCAAACAAGGUAUUGAAAUUCAAUUCGGUACAAAUCAUGUGGGUCACUUUUUAUUGACUGAGCUAUUGAUGGAUAAUAUCAAAUCAUGUAAUGGUAGAAUUAUUAACGUUUCCUCAAUUGCCUCCAUUUGGUUAUUACGUAAGGGAAAGAAAGACAUUGAAGGGUUCUGCUCCUUCAAGGAGAAUGUUGUCAAGGGUGACUGCAAGGAUGUAGCAGAUAUCUUUGAGCUCUAUGGACGAAGUAAGCUUGCCAAUGUGUUGUACUCUCGAAAAUUAGCACGAGAAUUGUCAAAGGACUCGACCACUAGUGCCACUACCUACAGUGUUCAUCCGGGCUCAGUUCGAACCAAUCUCACGAGACACAUGGGCAUGUUCAACUUGAUCUAUGCUCCUUUGGCAUGGUAUUUCUCAAAGAACGCUUUUCAAGGAGCACAAACAACACUCCACGUAGCUCUUGCUCCACAAAAAGAUUUGGUUAAUGGCGGCUACUAUGCGGAUGCAAAACUGGCUCGAGCCAAUGCAUUUGCUGACGAUCAAGAAUUGCAAGACACCUUAUAUGAGACAAGUUUGAAAUUGUGUGGACCUUAUUUAAAGACAAAUUAA